AUGUCCAAACAGUUCAAUUAUACUACAUCUGAAAGAAGAUCAUCUGUUGUAUAUUCUACUAGUGUUGGAAAAGGUGGAUUGUAUACUCCUGCUGACUAUAUCCCAGAAAGAGAGGAGGAAACAGUCUUUCGUGAAUUACAGGAGGAGGAAGAAGAUGUACAAGGUGAAAGGGAUUUAGAAGCAAACCCAUCAUUUAACACCUCCACUCUAGAUGAAUUAUCUCAACUGCGAAAUAAUGCUCCUAACGACAAUAAUAAGAAAAAUAACUAUGGAAGUGUAAAACCCAGCGCUACAAUAAAAAAAAUUUAUAUCAUAAAGGUCUUCUUGAUGAACAACGUGAUUUGUUAA